GGAGACUAUUGAAUUGUCCGUUGCACUCUGGAAAGCAUUAUUGGAAGAGACAGCAUCACAAAAAGCAGCAAUAAGGUACCUUCCUUCCUUUUUCUAUUGAUCAUGGCAGAGAGUGUUGUAGGUUUUUUGAUUAAACAGCUCUCAACCCUGCUUUCCCAAGAGAUCACACUUUUGGGGGGGCUUAAAUCAGAUGUUCAAUUCAUCAAAGAUGAACUCGGGAGCAUAAAGACUUUCCUCAAAGAAGCUGAAGCAAAGGAAGACAAUGAUUCUCAACUCCAAGAAUGGCUAAAGCAGGUUCGAGAAGUUGCUUAUGAUACAGAGGAUGUUCUCGAUGAUUUUACCUUCCACUUUGCUCGUCGCUACAAGGAUGGAUUCUGUGGUAAGGUUGGAAAGAUCUAUAACUCAAUAAAGAAUCUAAAAGCUCGCCAUCAAAUUUCUUUGGAGAUAAAAGACAUCAAGGGCAGAGUUGGAGAGAUUUCAGCAAGGCAUCAGAGGUACCAGUCCCUAUAUGGUACUCAAGAAAGAGGCUUCAGCACUUCUCGUCAGGUGAAUGCUGAUUUUGAUAUUCGUGCUCAAUCACUCUUCAUUGAAGAAGCUCGACUUGUUGGGAUUGAUAAGCCAAAAGCAGAGCUCAUCUCAAAAAUCCUUGAUGACCAUUCCCAAUUGAAAGUAGUUUCGGUUGUGGGAAUGGGGGGACUCGGGAAGACUACCUUGGUGAAAAAAGUCUAUGAUGACGCUGCAAUGAAGAAACAAUUUCAGAGCCAUGCCUGGAUAACUGUUUCUCAAAAUUUUCAGUUCAGUGACAUCAUCAAGAACCUGAUCCAACAGUUGUACAACGAAAUCAGACAGCCGGUCCCUCCCGAAGUGGAAUCCAUGGAUGAUAUUAUGCAGAGUGAAUUUGUCAAAGACUUCCUCCGAGAAAGAAGGUACAUCCUUGUCCUUGAUGAUGUGUGGAGUAUAGAUGCCUGGGAAGCUAUCAAAUGUGUAUUGCCUGACUGCAAUACUGCUAGUCGUGUUGCAUUGACAACACGAAUAGCUGAUGUAGCUUCUGCGUCCUGUUUAGGAUCUCUCAACUUCGUCUAUAAGAUGGAGCCUCUUUCUGAUAAAGAGUCUUGGACUCUGUUUUGCAAUAGAACAUUUCAGAGCAAUGACUGUCCUCCAAAUCUAGAAGAAGUUGCUAAAAAAAUACUGAAAAAAUGUGAGGGCCUACCGCUUGCAAUUGUUGCAAUAGGUGGUGUUUUGGCUCUGAAGGACAAGGAAAACACAGAUGAAUGGGAGAUGAUUCUUCAUGGUUUUGGUGGCGAGGCAGAUGGCAGUGGUAAGCUUGACAGAAUCAAAAGGGUACUCUUACUUAGCUACAAUGAUUUGCCUCACUAUCUUAAAAGCUGCCUAUUGUAUCUAAGCAUCUACCCUGAAGAUUAUCUAAUUGAAGUGGAUGAUAUACUUCUGAAAUGGAUUGCACUAGGAUUUGUAGAGGAGAAAGAAGGGAUAACAUCCACCGACAUUGCUGUGAGAUGUAUGAAAGAACUCAUCAACAGAAGCAUAAUCCAAGUUAAAUCCAAAUUGAACGAUGGUAGAUUGGAUGCAUGUAGUCUUCACGAUUUUGUGCGUGAAAUCAUUGUUUCAAAAUCUAAAGAGCAGAGUUUCACGACUGUAGCCACCAGAUAUUACGCAAGAUGGCCUGAAAAAUUUCGACACCUAGCAAUCCACAACUUCACCGAUAAUCCACAAGAAUUUAGUGGAUUAAAGUGUCUUCGGUCUGUGGCAAUAUUUGGGUAUGAAGAUCCUCUCACAACUACAUUUUUAUCCGAGUUCUUACAUGGUGAUCCCAAGUUGCUAAAGGUGUUGGAUUUGCAUGGAGCUGAAUUGGACAACAUCCCAAAGCAAGUCUUCAAACUAUUUCAUCUCAGGUAUCUUAAUCUCCGUGGAACUGGAGUUAAAAUUAUUCCAAAAUCUAUUGGGAAGCUUCAAAACCUUGAAGUUAUAGAUCUGAGAGGAACCAAUGUAACAGAGUUGCCUGCAGAAAUUCUAAAUCUAAGAAAACUCCGUUCUCUUUUGUUAGGCGGAUAUGGUGAUUAUUCAAAUGAGUAUGCAAUUUGGGGCUGUAAAUGUCCACUUGGAAUUGGAAAGCUUAUUUGCUUGGAGGAUCUGUUACGUAUAGAAGCAGACAGUGAUAAAAUAGUAAGGGAGAUUGGAAAGCUCAUGCAGCUGCGGCGAUUAGCCAUCACAAAGCUGAGAAGAGAAGAUGGAAAGGAGUUGCUCUCCUCCCUCUUGAGGCUGACCAACCUUCGACAGUUGUCCAUCUCCUGUAUUGAAGAAGAUGAGACCCUUGAUCUCCAACAUUCCAUCUCUCCAAAGCUUGAAUUCCUCACAUUUCUGAGAUUGAAGGGGCGUUUAGAGAGAGUACCACAAUGGGUGACAUCACUUCAAUCCUUGAGAAUCUUACGGUUGGUCAAUAGUAGGUUGAGAGAAGAUGAGAAUGUAAUAGGCUCCCUCGGACAUUUGCCCAAUCUGAUAUCACUUAGUCUCUACGGUGCUUAUGAAGGGGAGACAAUAUGUUUCAAGGUUGGAGGAUUUCAAAACUCCAGCGCUUACAGCUUGGGCAAUUAACAAGACUGAAAUGGGUGAGAGUGGAAGAGGAAUCAAUGCCUAGUCUCAGAAAUCUGCGCUUAGGUAAUUGCAAACUGAUGCAGGAGUUGCCUUCGGGCAUCCAAAACUUGACCAGACUUGAAUCUCUUGCGUUUUAUGAAAUGUCUAAUGAGCUAAUGCACAAAGUACAGAAUUUGGAUAAACGGAGUGAAGAUUAUCAGACUAUUUCUCAUAUCCCUCAAGUUUUCAUUGGUCACUGGAUUGAUGGUCAGUGGGAAUGGACGUUCCUCUAAGAGAAGAGAAGCUAAGAGACAACUCUUUGCAGCUUUCAACAUUAAUUGGUAUUCAGUUAACUCAUAUGUUCUAUAAGUCUCAGGUUGCUUACUAGCUUUUCCUUUUACUUCAUUGAGUUCUCGUUUACUUUUUCCGUUCUACUGCUCAUUACAUUUGUAUCAAAUCAUAUCAUGAAAUAGCUACAAUCAAAAUAGUAUGUGUUCA